GGAAAUAAAGUUCUCUCCUCGUUUCUUGUUGAACGCCCGUUUCCAUGGUAACCGUCAUUUUCGGAGUGCAGCGGAGCAUUUUACUCCUUUUUCUCCAAUAUUGCUCAAUUUAUUAGUAUGAACAUUUGGGAUCUUGCCAAACAGAAAUUAGUGGAAAAUAAGCAACGAGCUGCAGAGCUAAAACAGAAAUUAGAUGAUGAAAAUGGAACACAAAGUGAUAAUUAUUUAUCAGAAGUUCGUCGGAGACACGAAUCGCAUAUCAUUUUUGCUGGGAAUCGAAAAAGUGGAAAAUCCUCAUUCAUGCUGAAUUUCCUAGAACGAAAAGAAGAUUUGAAGGAUUCCGUAGGAUUGGAAUACACUUAUGCCAGGAGAACUCGAGGAAAUGUGAAAGAUAUCGCGAAUUUGUGGGAGCUUGGUGGUGGAGCAACUGUUACGGAACUGCUUUCAGUUCCUAUCACAAUGAAAAAUGUCGAAAUUUGCUCUUUGAUCUUGCUUCUCGAUAUGACAAAUCUUGACGAAAUGUGGAUAACAAUCGAAAAAACGGUGGACUCUGUUCGACGCCUCGUUGAGAAUCUCGAACGGCAAGAUAUUAACCUCCAAACUCGCUUGGCUGAAAAAAUGCGUCUCCGCCUCGAAAAAUACGACGAUGGAAGUUUGAAGAUGUGCAAUCCAUGUCCUAUACCGGUGACUAUUGUCGCUUCGAAAUACGAUGAAUUUCAAAAUUUUGAAUCUGAAAAACGACGGCAUCUUUGUCAGUUUCUUCGAUUCCUCGCCUAUUCGUAUGGAGCGAAUUUGAUGAUGUUUUCGUCGAGAAUGGAACAAUUUCCGAAGCUCGUGAAGAAUAUGACGAGUCAUUUCGCAUUUGGCACUGUUUGUCCGCAAGGUUAUAUGACUGAUCAUAAUAAACCAAUGUUUGUGAAAUGCGGUUUUGAUAGUUUAGAGUCUAUUGGAAUACCUCCUGCAUCAGACAAUUUUAUGGGAGCUUCAUCCCCAUUCAAUUUAUGGAGAGAGUCAUUUAUCAGCCUCUGGCCUCAAAAGACUGGGACAAUUGACAUUGAGGAUACAAAGAAACAAGAUCCAAUGAUUGAUCCGGUAUUUAAAGAGCCGAAUAUUGACAAUCUUGUGGAAAUCAAGCGGAAAGAACUCAAAAAUCACAUAAGAUCAAAGAGAGAUCGGGAGGCUGCAGAGGCACGUGCGGCCGAUCGAAUCGCAAAAAUUAAUGUUCGAUAAUCUGAAUUUAUUUGAACUGUGAAAUGAAUCUGGUAGUUUUUAAUU